UUGCGAUUUUUACAAAAUUUGGCAAUUUGGCGUAAUUUGUGUCGUAGAAUCGAAAAAUGGAAAAAAAAAUUGGCAUGUCAUUUCAGAAUAAGUCCAAUUUUGUGUCAAAAUUGCUAUAUUAAAACAGUGCUGGAUAUAAAUCUAAUAUAUAGCCUAAGUCGCACUUUCGAGGCCUGGAAAAAGCAAAUUGAAUUUCAUCAAUCAGCCCAGUAGAACGGGAGAUGUUGAACUGUCCCCCCCUUUUUCUGCUCAGUGUUCAUACAAAUAUUAAAUGUUCUGCUAGCUUGAGAACUGAUUUAUAAUGUUAAUUGCUCAACCAGUUAGAUACUUGAAAUUCUUCUGUCUCUCUUAACACAACAUCUCAAAAUUAUGGUGCUCAGGAACUCCUACCAAUGUGAAUGAGCUGUGUCAUUAACAAGAGCUGUUUAGUCUCGCUUGUAGUGAGUGCAGGCUGACGUUAAAAAACCGCAAUAUUUGCGUUUACUCUAGUGUAACUGAGACAUGCACGUAUUUCUGAGCUGGACUGUGUUUGAGACGAACGCUAAGAAGAAACAUCUCAGCGUAAAAGUGAUAUUUAACUGUUUGAAAGUUGCUGCAUACUAUCAGGAUAACAUUAUAAACACAUUUCAAGGAUGCGAUAGUGGUUUUGGUCAUCAUUUAGUUAAACGCUUGUAUUCAAGAGGAUUUCAAGUGUUUGCAUGUUGCCUCUUUCCUUAUGGAGAGGGUGCUGUUGAGUUAACGAAGAGCUGCUCCGACAGGCUUCAUGUACUGGGACUUGAUGUAACAGAUGACGACAGCGUAAAAGAGGCUGUGACGUAUGUCAAGCAAAACCUGGGCAAUUCCGAUUUCUGGGCUAUUGUGAAUAACGCAGGAGUUUACAGAGGUAACAAUGUUGAGCUGUCGUCGAUGGAAGAUUAUAAGUAUACCAUGGAAGUGAAUGCUUUUGGACUUGCAAGAGUUACAAAAGCCUUCUUACCAUUGCUGAGACAAUUCAAAGGCAGAGUAGUGAAUUUAACUAGUUUGGCAGGAAAACUAGCUGGCCCACAUAUAGCUCCAUAUACAAUGAGCAAACACGCUGCAAAGGCUUUUAGUGAGUGUCUAGCUCUAGAAAUGGGGACUUGGGGAAUUAAAGUGAUUUCUGUUGAACCAGAAUUUUUUAGAACUGCUAUGACGAACAGUAAAGCGAUUAGAGCGCAUCUUAAAAGAACAUUCCAAGAUUUGAAUCCACACCUUAAAAAAGAAUACGGUGACGAUUAUUUAGAUACUGUAAGGAAACGCGUGGAGUCUGUUUUUGAGAAUUCGUCACCAAAGAUGGACAUUGUUCUAGAUGAUUUGGAAUCAGCAGUAAGUCUUAAGAAUCCUUACAGCGCAUAUAUAUGCUAUGGGAACAUUAUUCAUGCAAUUAGUUUAUAUGCAGCUGAACGUUUACCUAAAUCUAUUACAGAUUUCUUGGUUGAAAUGUAUUUAACUAUAGCACAUGGGAGCCUUAGGCGACCUCAUAGUUUAAAAAAAUUUCUUUGAUAGUUAAAAAUAUUUUUGUACAUUUAUCAGGAUUUUCCGCACACAGGAAUGUAUAUCAAGGCAUGUACGUGUAUGUUUGAAUAAAAUGAUAUUUAAAUAUGGU